CAUAUUCGCGAAGAAGCCCACGAGAGUUAGCCACCAUCUGUACCAUGAGAUCAUCCUGAUGCAUGCCUGAUUACCGGAUAACCUCCCAUGUGUUGGUGGCGGGCACUCCGAUCCGUGUGUCCUUGACAUCCCCGCUAUAUUUAAGCCCUGCUAGCCCCUGCUUUAUGAUUAUUGUCGAGCACAAACUCUGCUGUACGGCGUCACCUCUACUCCGCGACACGAAUGUCUUCCAAGUUCCUUGAUUUGCAAAAGGUCCCUCUUGAAGUGAAGACAAAGGCGUCGAAUCUCCAGGACGAUGUCACGUUGUUAAUGCCACCCAUCGGCCUCGGAUGCUUUGCCUCUCAUGAUGAGGAGAAGAAAAAGGUAGCAAAGGGCUGGAUUUUGUCAGCCCUCAAAUCUGGAUACAGGCAUCUGGACACGGCUUGGAUGUACGAUACUGAAAGACUCGUUGGUGAAGCCAUACGUGAAUCGGGAAUCGACAGAAGAGAGAUCUUCGUCACAACCAAACUUCCAUGGCACCACCCAGGAUAUGUCCUGCAAUCAAUAGAUGAGAGUUUAAAGGCCGCCCAACUUGACUACUUUGAUCUGUAUUUAAUCCAUUUCCCACAAGCUGUGAGGUAUCCUGAGGGCUACGGGCGACCGAAGAAUCCCGAUGACCCAAAUGCCAUAGAGGCCAUCAAGAGUCCCACUAUCCAGGAGACCUGGGCAGAUAUGGAAAAGGUUCUUGCUAGCGGAAAAGCCAGAGCCAUUGGAGUUAGCAACUUCUCUGAGAAGACGCUCAGCGAAUUAUUACAAACUGCCAAAGUUCGCCCCGCCGUGAAUCAGAUCGAAUUGCAUCCUUUCCUCGCUCAAACGAAAUUGCUUCAAUUCUGCAAGCAAAAUGGCAUCAAAGUGACUGCAUAUACUCCUACAGCAUAUGAGAAAGGUCGUACGAACCCAGUCAUCGUAGAGAUCGCGAAGCAGUACAGCGUUUCUCCUUCUCAGGCUGUGUUGGCGUGGCAUGUCAAACGAGGAUGCGCUGCAACACCCAAGAGUACAAAUGAGGCGCGUCAAAGGGAGAACCUUAUGCUUCCCGACCUCAGUGACGAGGAUAUGAAACGCAUAGAUGCUCUCGACAGCAAUCUGCGCCUGUGCAACUUUCCCAACGAACGGGGGAUGAUAUACGGGUGGACCAUGGAGCAGCUGGGUUGGGACUGAGUGAGGGGGCUCAACAUUUUAUGAGGUCAAUGGUCGACUGCAAUACUCAAGCAAUACCGGCUCAUUUCGCGAUUUAUGCUACACAUGUAUGUCCAACGUACGGAUCGUGAGUUGU